UUUGAAUGGAAUGUUGUGGGUUUCCAGUCGUCUCUCGUAGCUCUCCAACAUAUCUCCCAGGUUCCUUCACGUGGUAGCCAUUCUUCUAGCUUUUGUUUGAGGUCGUGUGAUUCAGAUGACAAAAUUAGUGAUUUCAAAAAAGGAUCUAAAGGCAUUGUUUAUCAAAGGAAUAAGUUGGGAACAUUAGCUAUU